GCGCGUGUGUGUGUGUGAGAGAGAGUAAGGAGAGACGGAGGAGAGGAGGAGAAAAAGCUACAACUCCUGCGUGGGGGCAGCAGAGCGACUCGCAUCUGUACCGGAGUAGCUACUGUAUCUACCGAGAGCUACAACUUCUCCUCUCCAUCAAAAUAAGACAACAAAGAAAGCAGCCUGAAGGAUUGCAGAGCUGUGUGGCCAGCCCCAUCUGUGAAAGUGAAACUCAGCUUACAUCAACCCUCAUUUACAGCUGGACUGCUACUGUCAGACCGGGUUGGAGGACAAUCAACUGCAACUGCUGCCGCCGCCGCUGGUGUGUUUUGUGUGGUGUGGACUUUCUCACGUUGCGGUGGACGCACACACACAUACAGGAGCUUGUAUGCCCUGUACUCCCCCUCCCACCUCUCUCUCUCUCUCCCUCUCUCUCUCUCUCUCUCUCUCUCUCUGGUACAUACAUACACACACUCAGAGGGAGAGGUAGUGUGUGAGUGGCGGACCCCGCCGUGUGGACUGUAUUGAAGAGAGGAGUAGAGCGGAGCAGAGCUGCAGAUUCUUACCAUGCCAGUGCAGGGAGGAAGGCUGAAGCGCUGUCUCUCUCUCUGCCUCUGGAGCCGGAGUCCUCUGCUGUUGCUUGGACUGUUCUCUCUUCACGCACAAGCACAAGGCAACAUAUUGGACAGUAUGCUGCUGAGAGCGUCCAGUAAGGAGGCAGUGGAGAGUGGGAAGGAGACCAGUGGCAGCACAGCUCCUGCUUCAUCCUCCCAGAGACUACUGUGGUGUCACUGUUAUCACCACUGCCCCGAAGAUUCAACCAAUAAUACGUGCAGGACGGAUGGCUACUGUUUCACCAUGGUGGAGGAGGAGGGAGGGGUACCAGUCCAGACUGCAGGUUGCCUCGGGCUCCGAGGAUCAGAAUUUCAGUGUAGGGACACCGGGAAUUCUCGUCAAAGGAGAUCACUGGAGUGCUGCACAGACCAAGAUUACUGUAACAAAAACCUGCAUCCUACACUGCCACCGCUCAAACCACCUCUCUAUGUAGAUGGAAAGAUCCACCACAUGGCCUUGUUGAUCUCAGUCACUGUGUGCAGCAUCAUACUGGCUGUCAUUAUUGUCUUCUGCUACUUCAGGUACAAGCGUCAGGAGUCUCGUCCUCGGUACAGUAUUGGUCUGGAGCAGGAUGAGACCUACAUCCCCCCUGGUGAAUCUCUGAGGGACCUGAUAGAGCAGUCCCAAAGCUCUGGCUCAGGCUCAGGGCUCCCUCUAUUGGUGCAGCGAACGAUAGCCAAGCAGAUCCAGAUGGUGAAACAGAUAGGCAAGGGGAGGUAUGGCGAGGUGUGGAUGGGCAGAUGGAGGGGAGAGAAAGUGGCUGUUAAAGUUUUCUUCACCACUGAGGAGGCCAGUUGGUUCAGAGAGACUGAGAUUUACCAGACCGUCCUAAUGAGACAUGAGAACAUACUGGGUUUUAUAGCUGCUGAUAUUAAAGGAACUGGCUCCUGGACUCAACUCUACCUAAUAACCGACUACCAUGAAAACGGCUCUUUGUACGACUACCUCAAAUCAACCACUCUAGACAACAAAGCCAUGCUGCGACUGGCCUACUCCUCCGUGUCAGGCCUUUGUCACCUCCACACUGAGAUCUUCGGCACCCAGGGCAAACCUGCCAUCGCCCACAGGGAUCUGAAGAGUAAGAACAUACUGGUGAAAAGAAAUGGCACCUGCUGUAUAGCUGACCUAGGACUGGCAGUCAAGUUCAUCAGUGACACCAAUGAGGUAGACAUCCCUCCCAACACCAGAGUCGGUACAAAGCGCUACAUGCCUCCGGAGGUUCUGGACGAGACUCUGAACCGAAGUCAUUUUCAGUCGUACAUCAUGGCCGACAUGUACAGCUUCGGGCUCAUUCUCUGGGAGAUCGCUCGGCGUUGUGUCUCAGGAGGGAUCCUUGAAGAGUACCAGUUGCCGUACCAUGAGUUAGUUCCUACAGACCCUUCAUAUGAAGACAUGAGAGAAGUGGUCUGCAUCAAGAGACUACGACCAUCCUUUCCUAAUCGAUGGACCAGCGAUGAGUGUUUGAGACAGAUGGGGAAGCUGAUGACAGAAUGCUGGGCCCACAACCCUGCCUCCCGCCUCACAGCCCUACGGGUCAAAAAGACACUUGCCAAGAUGUCAGAAUCGCAGGACAUCAAGCUGUGAGCAGGCGCUGCCAGGUGUGUGUUUACACACAUAGAAAAGGGCACUAACAAUCACACUGGCUCUGGUCCAGGCCACGCAAUCCUUUUUUUCCUGGGAAAAGGAGGUGGGACAGGAAGCAAGAUCAUCACUUGAAGAUCGCAGGAUCACAAACUUUGAGUCCAGAUGCCCAGAACUCUACAAUCAAAGUCCCUCUUGAAAAAAAAAAAGUAUUACAGGACUGCGAUGGUUAACUAAAAUUAAAAUGAAUCAAAAACAAUGUGACCCUGUUCUGUCCAUCAGAGAAGAUGAGACAUUUUCAUUUCAGGCUAGUGUGAGGACUCUAAAACCAGGUUCCUGUUCACGUGCUCCAAAAGCCCCGGAGAAAGAGAUUGAGUUUAACUUGGCACUGUAGCUGCAGAAAUACACAAUCAAGCUACUGACCAGUGAGUGGAAUACUGUAUCACUGCUUUCUGUGAAAGCUACCCUACCUGUAGAUGAAGGUCCGAUUGAUAGAAAAGAAAAGGACGUGCUUUAAGGCAAUCUGUCAUUGCGGCAUGACAUCUCCUUUCAAAACACUGUCAACCCACUACUGCCUUUAUGUUGUAAUUGGAUUGAACACCCUUUUGUCACUCUUAAAUUGACUGCUUUUGGUUAUAAUGACUGACACUAUGUGACAGAAGAUAAAGUGUACUUUUGAGGCUUUAAAAGUUUUGUUUACGCUGGUAACGUUUGUAGACACUGAAGAAAAGGUACACCUGUAUGUUUGAGUCGUGAAGGGUUAUGACAGUUGCAAAAGCUAAUUUUCCUUGUAAAACUCAAACUCUUCAAGACUCUUUGUGAAAAAUAAAGUUUAUGUGUCCAAAUAAAUUCUGGAUCGAGGCUCUACAUGCCUCUGUGUUUCCUUGCCCUGCAUGAGAGGGGGCUUUAUUGAAGCAGGACUGUGCCACCCGUAGGUGCUCCGCCGCAAUUACAGGAAGGGAAGUCUGCCAAUGCAAUCAGUAACUGUUGUACACUAACUGUAGUGGUGACUUAUUGCUUGAUGAUGUAGUGAUCUAUUAUAAAUGUGUGGAAUUGUGCCUGUGUUAGUUUAGGGGUAUCACAAGUCGUUUGUCACGGGGGGACUGCUAUCAUCAAAACACUCCCAAUAAUGCAGAGUGGCUCCCAUAACUAGGCUGAUGAUGGAUAUGUGUGUUUUAGGCAGCUGGACCAGAAGCCUUCACUUAAGAUAUAACAUUCAUACACACAGUAUUGUUGAAGAAGCGACUGGACCUAGAAAACACCCCCAGCCAUCCCCAAACUAUCACCAGAAUUACCCUGUGGACAUCUCAAGGUCACUUUUUCCUGACCACCAGGCUGCCUCAUACAUGUACAUUUAAGUACAUGUUGAACUGAUUCACCAUGAUAAACCAUUCACAGUUGUCACACUGAAAUCAAAUGGCAGUUAAGUCUUUAAAAAAUCCAUCAUCUGUCUUCCAUCAGGCAAAUUUCUCCACUGAUUCAAAUUCUCACAUGGCAGCAGGCAAGUAUUAGGAAGCUUAACAGCCUUACUGUCUCACUAAGAAGUGGUUCUCAAGGUAAAUCUGGACACCUUCCAUCCUCACAGUUAGCAGACUGUUAGUGGUAUGCCAUCACAUCCAUUCAUUUUCUAGCUUUUUUGUCCAUUUGUAAAAUCCUUGAUAAACUUUCCUUCAGGUCAAUGAGUUUGUUUUUUUUAUCUCUGCCAACUCAAAUAAUGGGAUGCUCUAUCACUGUUGAAGGUGUGGCAGAUUUGUUGUGUUAUACAUGCCCUUUCUUUCCUCUUGGGUGUUGUGCCUUAUUUAAUCUGUACCUACUGUAGAUGUCUGUGAGAGAAAGUGGUGUUUUUAAUUCAGUAAAAAGGUUGAACAUUCCCCCAAUAAAGUGUUUCACUCAUC